CAGGGGAUGACGUUGGCACCAGCGCGGUCGAGCAUCGGUUCCGGCUGCGCUAAACUUUUGGAACUGAGAGUCAUUCAUCGAGACACCCUGACAGCUCCAGAUACGCCGCCAACUCGACGCACGCUCUGUGGCUAUAAGCAGAUUGUCGAGGCUCCCGAGUCCUACAAAAAGCAUUACAGGUUCUGACAUUACUCUGAGAAACAUCAAACUCUCUCAGACACACCCAGGGAAGGCUGCCCCUCCACCCCACGCGCCAUACAGCCGCACCAUAUCGUAGUCUCCAAAAGCAGCUACACCCUACGAGCGCACCAAACUUCGCCACAUGGCUCAGUCGACCGUGAUACAGGCGCCAGGCCUGUCAACAUUCCUGAAGUCGCUCAAGACGACCCCAGUAGAUCCCUCAGUGGAGCACCUCAUCUCGUUGCUCAAGCGACGACAGAUUCGAAACUCCAGACCGUGCGCCAUUGCGACAACCGCGCUUCUUUUGCGCGUAGUCGGCGAGUUCAAGGGAAGGGAUGCCGGAAAGCUUGUGGAGCGCAUUCGCCAGGUCGGCAGGCGCUUGACUUCUGCACAGCCGCGUGAGGUCGUCGUGGGAAACAUUGUCAGACGUGUAUUGGGCCUGGUGCGCGAGGUAGUCGACGAGAACGCAGACGGACAGACACCCACAGGGAGCGAGGCGCCUACACCAGUGCCUCACGAUUCGCUCCAUCGACCGACCCUCGCCUCGAGCAUGUCGACGUUCAGUCCUCUCAAGCACGCUGUUGCUGAACCCAUGCAGGUGGGUGUGUAUGACGGGAAUAUGUCAGACUCAGGCGAGCUCUCGAGACGGCCGCCUUUGCUUGCCUCGCACACCUCGUAUGCGCCUCCGUCGGCAGGCCCUCUCGUCAACUCUCUGUUCGGCCUCUUCUCUCAACCUACCGACACACCCUCAGCCACAAGCACGCCCACAGGUGCUCAGUCGCCAAACGGCAAGACCACUUUCACCCAGCAAAACCUGGAGCGCCUGGGAGAGCUGAGCAGAGGGCAGACCACCCUUGACCUGAAAGGAGAGGUCAUGGAGGGCAUAAGAGAGCUGCAAGACGAGCUGGAAACUUCAGACAAGCAGAUUGCCGAAGUUGCCCUUGAGCAUAUCCACGCAAACGAGAUCAUCCUCACCCACACAGCCUCGACCACAGUCCAGAAGUUCCUCAUGUACGCUGCAAGGAAGCGCAAGUUUACAGUCGUACAUGCCGAGACAUACCCUCACGACAACAGAGACACACACGGAGUGCUUCUUACAGGCAAGAAGCGCGAGUCGCGCCACGAUGAAGAUGAUGAGGACGACAAAUGGAAGCCGCUCACAGAGGCUGGUAUCCAGGUCUAUGUCAUUCCCGACUCGCACGUAUUCGCAAUCAUGUCCCGCGUCAACAAGGUUAUCCUAGCCACGCACACUGUUCUGGCAAACGGGAGUCUCGUCGCAGCGGCGGGAGCGCACAUGAUUGCCAAGGCAGCGAAGGAGCACCAGACACCCGUCGUAGUGCUCAGCGGUGUCUACAAGCUUAGUCCUGUAUACCCUUUCGAUAUCGACGAGCUCAUCGAACACGGCGACGCUAGUGCUGUCGUGCCUUACGAAGAUGGUGAUUUCGUCGACAAGGUCGAUGUCGAGAAUCCGCUGUAUGACUAUGUCCCUGCAGAUCUCGUGGAUCUCUACAUCACCAACCUUGGCGGUCACGCACCAUCCUAUCUGUAUCGUAUUGUGGCAGACCACUACCGCUCAGAGGACAUUAGCUUGUAAGAGUAUCAGUAGUGUUACCGAUUACAAAUGCAAGGUGCCGACAGCACCAUCAACCCAUCUACUACGCCACGUUCUGCAACCCUUUUCUGCAAACACGCUCCACCUCUUCGUCGUCACUGUCGCGAAACACAAUAUAUGCCCCCAUGCGUCGACGCUUUGACAUAGGUAAAGAAGCAAG